AUGGACAUCAAAGACAUAAUGGGGAUCAAGGGCGCCGCCGGCGGCGGCGGCGGCGCGAAGAAGCAGAAGACGACGGCGGAGAAGAAACCCGAAGGGAUGUCGCGCGAGGUGUGGCAGAUCUCCAGGGACCGACAAUCGCAGCAAGAGGCGCUCGCGCCCGUCGUCCCCACGCACGCGGGGCUGAAAGACAAGCGGAAGGUCUCCGCGCGAAAGGUCGCGUGGUCGUGGCAGCCGUUCAAAAACUCCGCGCGAGUGGACGACUUGAUGCUGAAGCACUGGGUGAAGACGGGCACGGGCGGGACGCUCCUCCCCGGCAGCAACGGCGGCGACGUCGGGGGCGAUUACGCGUUUUCAAAGUACAACAAAAAAGUCGACAUGGUCAUGUACAACGACGAGGAGUACGACACCCUCCUGACUGGUCCAGGGAGGAGACGGACUACAUGCUCGACCUCCUCGCUCGCUUCGACCUGCGUUUCAUCGUCGUGCACGAUCGCUGGGACGCGAACCGUGGAGGACAUGAAGUCCAGGUACUACGCCAUCGCGAGGAAACUCCUGGAGGCGCGCGCGGAUAACCCCGACGAGGCGCCGUUCAACGCCAGGCACGAGGUCGACCGCAAGCUCGCGCUCGGGGACCAGAUGGAGCGCACGAACGCGCUCGAGCGCGAGGAGCAAGCCAUCUUAGAGGAGGUGAAGGCGAUCGAGGAGCGUCGCCGCGCGGAGGCGACGGCGCUGAGCGCUCGCGCGGGCGCCGCGUUCUCCACGCACCGCGCGGACGCGGUGAAGCUGUCCAUCGCGGUGAGCGACUUGCGGAAAGACUUCGCCGCGAGCGGCCCGUCGCUGCCGACGGCGGAGGGCGGAGACGCGACGCCGGCGCCGGGGGCGUACGCGAGAGGCGCGCACGUGAUCGCCGUCGCGGGGGAGAUCGCCGCGGCGGCGGUCGGCACCGGCGGCGCGCGCGGCGUGCGUCGGAUCGAGCAAGCGGUGGAGGAGCUCGGGGUGAAGCCGCCGCAGGUGUCCACGCGAGCGGUGUGCAGCGCGUGGCUCACGCUGCGCAAGGAGGUCAUGGAGCUCUUGGACCUGAGGAAGCAGCUCGCGAAGCGGCAGGAGGAGCUCGUGGGGACGGCGCCGGGGGUGCCGGACGCCGCGGCGGCGGCGCCCGCGGCCGCGGCCGCGGCCGCGGUGUUUCAGCAAGCCGGGCUCCCGGACACGCCGCGGUCGAAGACGCAGGACGUCGUCCUCGGCCCGGACGGGCAGCCGAUCGGGAUUCGACCGGCGAAGCGCGACCAGAAGCGGAAGAUGCCGGCGCGGUUCGACGACACGGAGCCGUCGCCGCCGCGUCGCUCGAGCGAGAAGCGCUUGAAGCGGUGA